AUGAAGGUCUUCGCCAUCUCCCUUCUCUCCGUCACCCCCACCGCCCCCGCCCAGGCCACCCUCCUCGGCACCGCCAACGACCUCUCCUCCUUCAGCUUCUACCAGAGGAGUUCCGUCGGCGAGUUCAUGUCCUUCUUCACAAAGACCGUUGCCGAGAGAACGCCUCCCAACCAGCCCUCGUCUGUCGAAGAGAACAACUACAAGGCCCAUGUCUUUGUAACCACCGGCCGAACUCCUGGCAGCCCCGGUCUUGCUGCUGUCAUGAUCACCGACUUGGAGUACCCUCUACGCCCCGCCUUCUCUCUCCUCACCAAGAUCCUUGAUGAACACACACCCCUUCUCGCCCACGUUCCCAAUGCCUCGGCGGCCCCCUCGUUUGGUUCCGCAUCUGCCAAUGCUUUCGGCGGCAAUCCUUCGACUGCUGCCGCGGGUGGGCUCCCCCCCGCGCAGAAGGGCAAGCUUGAGGGAACUCUGGCCAUGUACCUGACCAAAUACCAGGACCCCAAGCAGGCGGACACAAUCAUGAAGGUACAGAAGGAGCUCGACGAAACCAAGAUUGUUUUGCACAAGACUAUCGAGAGUGUCCUGGAGAGAGGAGAGAAGCUCGACAAUCUUGUAGAGCGAUCGAAUGCGCUGUCAGCCCAGAGCAAGAUGUUUUACAAGACUGCAAAGAAGCAAAACUCUUGCUGCGUUGUCAUGUAG